AUGAAGAUCUGCUUUCUGCUGCUGAUCCUCUCUAUGUAUUUCUUCCAGAUCAACCAAGCUUUUGGCCGUGAUACAAAAGAAUGUAUCCAAAGAAAAGGUUUCUGUCACUACUUUGAAUGUCCAUGGUUGUAUAAUUUUGUUGGCUCCUGUUAUAAAGGAAAAGGCAAGUGUUGUCAAAAAUGCUAUUAA